GUGAAAUCAAUGUGUUGUAGGAUGGCUAAAGAAGUUGUUCACUGUACAUAAAAUCCAUUUGUUUUGUUUAUUUAGCGGUGUGUGAUCAAGGCAGACAUGGCACACCGAUAUCUCCACCUCUCCAGAGGCUGUAGGAACCUUUACAGCAUUCUGCCUAAUUUUAGAUCAGCACAAGCAACGCGACUGGUAUCUACCCAGACUCAAGACCUGCAGAAACGAGUGGUGCUUUCUCAGGUGUUGGACGCGUACAGAAGGUUAUGUUCAAAACCUCCGAAAGGAUUUGAAAAAUACUUCCCGAAGAACGGCCAGUCCAAGCCGCCCAACGCAGAGGCCCAAGAGGGCAAAGCGAACAAUGCACAAAAGAACUCUGGGAAGUCUGAUGGUGGAGGAGGAGGAGGAGCUGGAGCUGGUGGGGGCGGAGGCAAAAAGGGAGGAAAGAAGGAUGAAAGCUGGUUCAGCCGUUUCCAAAAGGGGGAUAUUCCGUGGGACGACAAAGAUUUCCGCAUGUACUUUAUGGUCUCAGCGAGUUUUUGGGCUGCAGUCAUGUAUUUCUUCUUCCGGGAUACAGGAAAAGAAGUCACCUGGAAGGACUUUGUUAAUGGCUACCUGGCUAAAGGAGUCGUCGACAGGUUGGAGGUUGUGAACAAGCGCUUUGUAAAAGUUGUAUUCUCUUCGGGAAAAGCGGAAACCGAUGGGAAAUAUGUGUGGUUCAACAUCGGAAGCGUGGACACAUUUGAGCGGAAUCUGGAGACGGCUCAGACGGAGCUGGGCAUCGAAGGGGAGAACAGACUGCCUGUGGUUUACUCCACUGAGAGUGAUGGCUCUUUCCUCCUCAGCAUGCUCCCCACCGUACUCAUCAUAGGCUUCCUGCUGUUCAUGCUGCGGCGAGGGCCCGCGGGUGCGGGGAGGCCCGGGAGGGGCAUGGGCGGCCUGUUUAGCGUCAGCGAGACCACCGCCAAAGUGCUGCGUGACGAGAUCGACAUCAAGUUCAAGGACGUGGCUGGGUGCGAAGAGGCCAAGCUGGAGAUCAUGGAGUUUGUUAACUUCCUGAAAAACCCCAAGCAGUACCAGGACCUUGGGGCCAAGAUCCCCAAGGGUGCUAUUCUGACCGGACCUCCCGGUACUGGGAAGACCCUGUUAGCCAAGGCGACUGCGGGUGAAGCGAACGUCCCCUUCAUUACCGUUAACGGCUCUGAAUUCCUAGAGAUGUUCGUGGGUGUCGGUCCAGCCAGGGUUCGAGACCUGUUUGUUUUAGCACGUAAGAACGCCCCCUGCAUCCUCUUCAUAGAUGAAAUCGAUGCGGUGGGAAGGAAAAGAGGCAGGGGCAGUUUCGGAGGGCAGAGCGAGCAGGAGAACACGCUCAACCAGCUGUUAGUGGAAAUGGACGGGUUUAACACGGCCACCAAUGUAGUGGUUCUGGCUGGUACGAACAGACCGGACAUCCUGGACCCAGCACUGAUGAGACCUGGACGCUUCGACAGGCAGAUAUAUAUUGGUCCUCCAGAUAUUAAAGGCAGAGCGUCGAUAUUUAAAGUUCAUCUCCGACCACUGAAGCUGGACACGGAACUGGACAAGGAGAGUUUGGCCAGGAACAUGGCUGCCCUCACACCUGGUUUUUCAGGCGCUGACAUCGCUAAUGUGUGUAACGAGGCAGCUUUGAUCGCAGCUCGGCACCUCUCCGACGCCAUCACGCAGAAACAUUUUGAGCAGGCAAUCGAGCGUGUGAUCGGAGGCUUAGAGAAGAAGACGCAGGUGUUGCAACCUGAGGAGAAAAAGACGGUAGCUUACCAUGAGGCAGGACACGCCGUAGCUGGGUGGUACCUGGAGCACGCAGACCCUCUGUUAAAGGUGUCCAUCAUCCCACGUGGUAAAGGUCUAGGCUAUGCUCAGUACCUCCCAAAAGAGCAGUACCUCUACACCAAGGAGCAGCUGCUGGACCGGAUGUGCAUGAUGCUCGGAGGCCGUACCGCCGAGGAGAUCUUCUUCAAUCGCAUUACUACCGGAGCGCAGGACGAUCUAAGGAAGGUGACGCAAAGCGCGUACGCACAGAUAAUGCAGUUUGGGAUGAACGAGAAAGUGGGUCCGGUAUCGUUCGACCUCCCAAGACAGGGAGAUCUGGUUCUGGAGAAGCCAUACAGCGAGGCGACGGCCCGCCUGAUCGAUUCGGAGGUGCGGGAUCUCAUCAACAACGCCUACGAGAGGACGAAGAAGCUGCUGACGGAGAAGAAGGCGGAUGUCGAGAAGGUGGCGCUGCGCCUCCUGGAGAAGGAGGUUCUGGACAAGAGCGACAUGGUGGAGCUCCUGGGCCGGCGACCGUUUGCCGAAAAGUCGACGUAUGAGGAAUUCGUGGAGGGCACCGGAGGACUGGACGAGGACACGUCACUCCCCGAGGGACUGAAAGACUGGAAUAAGGAACGAGAGAGCGAAAAGGAGGAGAGCACGGACGAGCAGGUGGCGCGCCAGAUCACAGGCGACAGGCCGUUCUAAAUACAGUCCUCCACCAGAGGGCGACAUUUACAUGAGGGAGCAGAAUAAUUUAAUGAAGGUCAGGUAGGUAUUGAGGCAGGGGCUGGUCACGUGACCUUCCUGAGCCACACCUAGACCUUCGUGUGUGUGUGCUGCAUAGCAGAAGAUGAAGAAGAGAUUAUUAUUAUUAUUUUUUUAAACAAAGAGGUGUUCUAGCCAUCGGUCAGUGAUGCACAGGGUGCUGCUGAACAUGAGCAGACGUAAUGAAUUUUCCUUAAAAAAUGUGUCAAAUGAAAGAAAAAAAACCACACAAAUAUUACAUCAAAUGAUAAUAUUUCUUGUCAUGGUUGCUUCUGUGAAGAUCUCAUACCACACGGUGCGUCGCUGGUGUCUGCUUUGUAAAUCAGAUCAUGUACGCAGAUUAAAGUAACACAGUGUUUCUGCUAGGAUGCACAAUGUUCACUAAAUAUGAGGAAAGGGUUGAUUUCCAGAAUAAAGUGGAAAAAGCAUGAUGUCAUCUUAACACUGUUGUCGAGCACUUGGUUACUGCAUUUUCUGCAGGUUUUUUUAUUUUAUUUAAAGUAAUACUUCAGGGUUGUUUAAAUUAAUUCCUGCCUUAUGCAUGCACAACUACAACAAUUGGGUUUCCCUGUACUAAGAACGAAAUGUCAUAAAUUGUUUGCUUGAAUGUAUUUGUAGGUCGAGUCGAAUGUUCUUGUACUUCUCUACCAAAGCGUUCUCAUUCUUGCGCCAUGUUUGUUCUGGUUUGAAUUUCUCAUACUGCUAUUUUUUCAUUUAUUGACUUAAUUAAACAGCGGUCUCGACACUUUUUUAAAAACUUUUUUCCCCCCUUAGCCCAGAUGUAGUGGAAGGAUACAGAAAAAAAUGCUUCAACUUGUAAUAAGCAGGCACUUCGUGUAUAUCACCUGUGUGUGUUAAUAAACCUUUAUGUGUAGUGGAAAAGUAUAUUUCCACUUUACAAAUAAAAUACUUUAAAAAUAAAAAUGACCAUCAAAAGAGACAUAAAAGACAUAAUUUUUCUACCUGCUGUUACAAAAGUGACAAAACAAAUAUAGCUACAAAUACACUUGUUUUUUUGAUAUUCCAUUACAUUGAAUAAAACUAUAAACAGAUAAAGUGUGUGUGUGUGGGAAAGUAUAUAGUUUAAUGAAUUAAAAAAUCACUUCUUAGCUGUGAUGUAAAUGAAAUAAAGCACUUCAGGAUUUAGUUUUUGGAAAAUAAUAAACUUCAGGGUGGUAACAGAAACUCUGCAUCAUCACACCACAUUAUAUUGUUAUUGAUUAUGUACCUGUAAGAACACACCACUAAGCUCAUUAUUUGUUAUUUAUGAAUUCGUAAAACAGAAAUUAUAUCUGAAUACAAAUCCAUUCGAUAUCAGGAUCAGGUUUUGUGCAGCAGCAUUGAGUCUGGGUUGUGUAAUAAUACCUGUACUUUUUUGUGGGGAAAAAAAUGUUUACAAUAAAUGUAGA